AUGUGAGUGUUAAUGUGCAUAUGGAGCGGCCGCUCGCAGCCAACGAUAUCUGAACCUCAACGCCGCAAAGCAGAAACUUCCAAGAUCAUUUCAGGAUAUUUGUUUUUCCAAUUUGGGAGCAAAACCUCCAGGGGAACUGUCAUGGCUCCCAGUUUGGCUCAGGCCUACCGAAGAAGAUGGUGGAUGGCAGUCACGUCCAUCAUAGAGAACCUCUUCUUCUCUGCCGUCCUGCUGGGUUGGGCCUCGCUCCUCAUCAUGCUGAAGAACGAGGGCUUCUAUUCCCACCUCUGCAUAGAAAAUGAGACUUUUGCCACAAACAGGAGUUUGGUGGAGGGCGGCAGAUGGCCCAGCUGUGUGGAGCAGGAGGAGAUGCUGAAUCUCGGCUUCACCAUCGGCUCGUUCUUCCUGAGCGCCGCCACGCUGCCUCUGGGAAUCCUAAUGGAUAAAUUUGGACCCCGACCGAUCAGACUCAUUGGCAGUUCCUGUUUCGCAGCGUCUUGUGCAAUGAUGGCUGCCGCUGCAUACGACCCUGAAGUGCUGUCAGUCCUCAUUUUCUUCGCUGUUUCCUUCAAUGGUUUUGGAGGAAUCUGCUUGACCUUCACAUCACUCAUACUGCCUAACAUGUUUGGAAACAUCCGAUCGACCAUCCUUUCCCUCAUGAUUGGCUCCUACGCUUCUUCAGCAGUCACCUUCCUGGGAAUCAAGUUGAUUUAUGACCUUGGUGUGUCGUUCCGACUCAUUAUGUGGGUGUGGACGGGUUUGGCCUGCUUUGUCAUCCUCAACUGCUUCCUGAACUGGCCGGGUGAAUCCUUCCCAGCUCCAGAAGACAGCAGAUACACUAAAAAGAUGAGAAUGAAUGGGAUUGUGACAGAGGACAGGGUGACCGGGGACAGGUACAUCACCAAUGUGAUGAUCAUGGAGGACACAGUGAGCCCCAAACCACAAGAAUCUGAAAAGACACACUCCGAAAACGCCUCUACGGUCCCAAUCUGUCGGUCUGUGUGCUCUCCCAUCUUCCUGUGGAGCGUCGUGGUCAUGGCAAUCACUCAGCUCAGGCUGAUCUUCUUCAUGGGAGCCAUGAAUAAGAUGAUCGAGUUCCUGGUCACUCAUGGCGACCCCAACCCCUCAGUGGAGCUACGGAAGGAGACGGAGGACCAAGUGGCUUUCUACUCGUCCAUCUUUGGUACGAUGCAGCUUCUGUGUCUGGUGACAUGUCCGCUGAUCGGCUACAUCAUGGACUGGAGGUUGAAGGAGUGUGAAGAGGAACAUGUAGACAUAUCAACAAGCAAAAGCAACUCGGCGCCCCCAAAGAGAGACAGAAAGAUCCAGAAACUGAGCAAUGCCAUCAGAGCCUUCAUCUUCACCAACUUCCUGCUGGUCAUGUUUGGAGUUAUUUCCUUGAUUGACAACUUGCCCAUACAGGUGUUGUCCUUUGCUCUUCACACCGUUGUCAGAGGAUUUAUCCACUCCUGCUGCGGAGGCCUCUAUGCAGCAGUGUAUCCAGCAAACCACUUUGGGACUCUGACGGGUUUCCAGUCAACAAUCAGUGCAGCGUUCGCCUUGCUCCAGCAGCCACUCUUCAUACUGAUGGUGGGGUACCUCGGCGGAAACCCUUACUGGAUCAACGUUGGCCUUCUCAUCUUCUCCCUGGUUGGCUUCCUGUUGCCAUGUUAUCUCUUCUACCACCAAAGAGGCCUAAUCAGAAAGAAGGUGCAGCUAGAUGUGAUUGCUGCCUGCCAGUCUGAGAAGGAGAAUGAAGAUCUUAUCCAGUCAAACUGUGAAGACGAGGGGUCUUCAAAAUAUGGAAACAUACCCAAUGGGCAUACUGGUUAACUGGUUACAAUGACAUGGUCACUUAUUGUCAGCAAUGUUAUUAUUUUUACUAUGACUUAUCUGUAUCUACAAAAAAAUAAAACAUUAGUCCUAAAGAUAAAUGCCGAACAUAAUAAGCAAAACUAAGAUUCCAGAUUGAAAAUGUGCUCUUCAUUAGGGCUGGACGAUAUGGUUGAAAAAAAAA